GAUAUACACAACAAACAAUCAAUCGACAUUCAACGUCACUCAAAAUGGAUAAGCUCAAGAACAUGCUCGGCGGCCACAAGGACAAGGAGGCGACCUCGUCUUCUCACUCCCCGGCAUCUGGAGGAGCUGAUCCGAACAGCGCCCAGGGUGUCAUCCUUCACACCACCCUCGGAGACAUCACCAUCUCCCUCUACGGAAAGGAGACUCCACGCACCUGCAAGAACUUUGCUACCUUGGCUUCCACCGGCAAAUACGACAAUGUGAUCUUCCACCGCAUCAUCAAGGGAUUCAUGAUCCAGGGAGGUGACCCAACCGGUACCGGCCGCGGCGGUUCCUCCAUCUACGGCGAGAAGUUCGAAGACGAGUUCGUCUCUGGCCUCAAGCACACCGGAAAGGGAACGCUUUCCAUGGCCAAUGCCGGUCCCAACACCAACGGAUCGCAGUUCUUCAUCACUCUUGGCCCAACUCCUCACUUGGACGGCAAGCACACUGUGUUUGGCAAGGUCACCGAGGGCAUGGACGUCGUCGAUAAGCUCGGCGCCGUGGCUACCGAUGGUGGCGACCGCCCCAAGUCGGAGGUCAAGAUCAACAGCGCCACUGUCAUCUAGAUGGUGUGAGACGCCGUGGAGCUCGGUGCCUGUGCGAACGAUGCCACGAAUGAGUUCGCGGUGCUUCAAGUCUUCACGAAAGACGAUACGGAGAAUGAAAAGUACAUGACUUUUUACGGCCAUU